AUGGACUUGAUAGACCUCCUUAUUCUUUGUAUUGCACUUAUCUUUGCCCGCCUAUGGUGGCGACAUUGGUCCGUCACCGGCGGCGGGCCAAGGAAUCUUCCUCCAGGGCCUCCAGGAUGGCCUAUUGUGGGCAACUUGUUCCAAAUCAUCCUCCAACGCCGUCCAUUCAUCUAUGUUGUACGUGAUUUACGUGCAAAAUAUGGUCCAAUCUUCACCUUGCAAAUGGGCCAACGUACUCUUGUUAUUGUCACUAGCUCUGAGCUCAUCCAUGAAGCCCUAGUUCAAAGAGGCCCUACAUUUGCAAGCCGGCCGGCUGACUCCCCGAUCAGGCUAGUGUUCAGCGUUGGUAAAUGUGCUAUCAAUUCUGCUGAAUAUGGUCCUCUUUGGAGAUCUCUACGCAAGAACUUUGUCACACAGUUUAUAAACCCUGUGAGAAUCAAGCAAUGUAGUUGGGUUCGACAGUGUGCUUCAGAGAACCAUAUGAAAAGACUGAAAACCGAGGCCCUUGAAAAUGGGUUUGUUGAGGUGAUGAGCAACUGUAGGCUCACUAUAUGUAGCAUCUUAAUAUGUCUUUGCUUCGGUGCAAGAAUCUCUGAAGAAAGAAUCAAGAACGUUGAAGCUAUAUUGAAAGAUGUGAUGUUAAUGACAACACCAAAGCUUCCUGAUUUCUUGCCAAUUCUAGCUCCUUUAUUUCGCAAGAAAAUGGAAGAAGCCAAAGAAUUGAGAAGGAAACAAAUGGAGUGUCUGGUUCCAUUGAUUAGAAACAGGAGGGCCUUUGUGGAGAAAGGUGAGAACCCUGAUUCGGAAAUGGCGAGUCCAGUUGGUGCAGCCUAUAUAGACUCUUUGUUUGACAUGAAACCGGUAAAUAGAGGUCCCUUAGGCGAGCAGGAAUUUGUGACAUUAUGCUCUGAGGUGAUCAGUGCUGGUACUGAUACUAGUGCAACAACGAUUGAAUGGGCUCUUCUAAACUUGGUACAAAAUCAAGAAAUCCAAGAAAAGCUUUACCAAGAAAUUAUUGGAUGUGUAGGGAAACAUGGGGUGGUCAAAGAAGAGGAUACUGAAAAAAUGUCUUAUCUCGGUGCAAUAGUUAAAGAAACUUUCAGGCGUCACCCACCAAGCCAUUUUGUGUUAUCUCAUGCUGCCACUAAUGAGACUCAGCUUGCUGGCUACACCAUUCCAGCUGUCGUUAAUGUGGAGUUUUACACUGCAUGGCUAACUGAAGAUCCGGAUUUGUGGAAGGAUCCGGGUGAGUUUCGACCCGAGAGGUUCUUGGAGGGUGACGGGGUUGAUGUGGAUAUGACCGGGACUCGCGGGGUGAAGAUGAUGCCUUUUGGCGUCGGACGAAGGAUUUGUCCGGCGUGGAGUCUUGGUGUAUUGCAUGUUAAUAUGUUGCUUGCUCGGAUGGUUCAUGCUUUCAAGUGGUUGCCUUGCCCGACCGCCCCGCCCGACCCGACGGAGACUUUUGCUUUUACUGUUGUGAUGAAGAAUCCUCUAAAAGCUGUGAUAUUGCCUAGGUAA